AUGCGGUCAUUCUUCCUCCUUCUUACGGGCCUUUUGGCUUUGGGAGAAGCAGCUUCACCGACAGCAUGGUAUACUGGAUCUAGUUCUCUUGCGACCUUUCCUUCGCUACUGGAUGCGGAUCUGGAGGAUUUGUCAACUGGACUGGAGAAAGGACUUUUUACUAGUGUUGAUUUGGUCAAAGCGUACCAAGCUCGAAUUUUAGAGGUCAAUAACACUCUGCAUAUGGUCACUGAGCUUAAUCCGGAUGCUUUGGCUAUAGCAGCGUCGCUAGAUGCUCAGAGAAAGAAUGGCACGGUCCUUGGUCCACUUCAUGGGAUUCCGAUCUUGAUCAAGAACAAUAUCGCGACAGCCGAUGAGAUGAAUAACACUGCAGGAUCCUGGUCCUUGUUGGGAGCGAAAGUACCCCGGGAUUCGACUAUCGCUGCGAAACUGCGAAAGGCUGGAGCUGUAAUCUUGGGAAAGACGAAUCUUUCGCAGUGGGCGAACUGUCGCAGCGAGAACUCCAGUAAUGGCUGGUCUGCUUAUGGUGGCCAGACAUAUGGCGCUUAUUAUCCUAAGCAAGAUCCAAGUGGGAGCUCAAGUGGUUCUGGUGUGUCGAGCUCUAUAGGUCUCGCGCUAGCGUCUCUCGGCACGGAAACGAGUGGAAGCAUCUUGAGUCCCUCAGACGUCAAUAAUUUGGUAGGUAUAAAGCCAACCGUCGGCUUGACGAGUCGUUUUCUGGUGAUCCCAAUCUCAGAGCACCAAGACACUGUCGGCCCUAUGACAAGGUCUGUGAAAGAUGCUGCGGCGGUCUUGCAAGCUAUCGCGGGACCGGAUGACUACGACAACUACACGUCUGCUUUCCCAUUCCACAGUGUCCCAGAUUAUGUCUCUGCUUGCGACUACAACUCCCUGGCCGGCGCUCGCAUUGGCGUGGCUCGAAAUGUCCUUGAGAUAUGGCGACAGUACACCGAUCAGCCUGUACUGGAUGCCUUCGACGAGGCAAUCAAGCAGAUCGAAGCAGCAGGAGCCACAAUCGUCGAUGCCAACUUUACUGCCUUCGCUGCCUGGCAGACCGACACUAACAACAGGCUCGUCUUCAAUGCCGAUUUCCUCUCAAACCUGGCCCAAUACUUCUCCGAGCUCUCGUAUAAUCCGUACAGCAUCACCGAUCUAGCCGGCGAGCGGAGCUGGACGCAUUCGCAUCCAAUCGAGGAUUGGCCUGAGCGAGAUACCAACGAAUGGGAUGCGGCGCUGAACCAGGGCUGGAACAAUACAGAUCCUAGAUUUUGGCCUGCAUACCAGAUGGGUAAUAUCUUUUAUGGUGGUGAGGGCGGCAUUCUUGGCGCAUUGAAGAGGACGAAUACCACCGCUGUCUUGUUGCCUACUCAGCUGAGUCCUAGCAUUCCGGCUCUUGUGGGCAGUCCAGUCGUGACAGUGCCCAUGGGAUUCUAUCCAUCCAACUGGAAUGUUUCGAUGAAUGGCUUUGGCAAUCUUGUGGCAAAAGGGCCGAAUGUACCGUUUGGUUUAUCUUUCAUGGGUGAUCGGUGGAGUGAGGAGACGUUGGUCGGUUAUGCGUAUGCUUAUGAGCAAAGGACUCAUCACCGGAAAGCGGUGUUGCCAUAUAUCAGACCCAAAACGGAAUUAGUAAAUGUGGUCGGCCAGGCUUGA